AUGAAGGUAAGUUUGCACUUUCGCACCUGACUUUUCAGGACAGUUUCAAUAAUUGGGAAACGAUGUACCGAAUACAUUAAUGUAUACAUUGUUCUUUUACAGAGAGGCUCAGAUGAUUUGAAUCUCUACAGCACCAGCCCAAGCUCUGUGACUGGUGAGCACCCCCCCCCCCCAUUCAGUCAUAUAGCAAAGUAAAGCCAUUCACAUUCUAACAUAUUAUCAUUUACAUUUAAGUCAUUUAGCAGACGCUCUUAUCCAGAGCGACUUACAGUUUAGUCACAUUAUAAAUAUACUUUUUUUUUUUUUUUUUCAUACCCCCUGUGGGAUUCGAACCCACAACCCUGGCGUUGCAAACGCCAUGCUCUAUCAACUGAGCUACAUCCACAGUCAAUGGUCCUUGACACAUUAACAGCUGAGAGGACAGCUGAUGUGAUAUAUUCAUGCAUGACGCUUGAUUUCACAGCUAACGAGAAUGACAGCAGUAAAAAACUGAGAGUGGAGGACAGGAUGGAGAGUCCCCCUUCCCGCGUGCUCCACAUCAGGAAGUUGCCCAGCGAGGUGUCAGAGACUGAGGUCAUCGCUCUUGGCCUACCAUUCGGCAAGGUCACCAACAUCCUCAUGCUGAAAGGCAAAAAUCAGGUGCGUUAAUGUUUUCCCUGGUCAGUUCAAAUUGUCAGAAAAGUUUUUUUGUUGCUAGAACCAAACUAUGUAAUACUACACGGUAGUGUUGGGCAUAGAAGGAAUUUGGCCACGUUGUCUUUCUUGAAAUUGUCCUCUGUCCAUGUAACAGGCUUUCCUGGAGCUGGGGACAGAGGAGGCGGCUGUUACAAUGGUGAACUACUACACGGCGGUGACGCCUCAGGUCCGCAACGUCCCAGUGUUUAUCCAGUUCUCUAACCACAAGGAGCUAAAGACAGACAGCACUCUCAACCAGGUGAGAUUCUGCCCUUGCCCAGAAAAUACACUUGUGCAUGACUAGUAGUGAGUCUCUGUUUCUCAGUGUCUAGACUAAUGGCGUAUGAGCGAGCCUUGGCCAUUGUGAUGGCACUUUUGUAGAUUUGCAGACUGUCGUCCUAAUUUUUUCCCUCCUCUGCCUCUUUUCUCCCUCCCUCUUUUUCAUACGUACUUACCAAGCGCGCGCAGGCUGUCCUCCAGGCCGUGUCGGCGGUGCAGGACGGUGGCUCUCCCAACUCUGACACCAGUAUGCUGGACAGUGUUCUAGCCCAUGCCCCCAGCCCCGUGCUCAGGAUAAUCAUCGACAACAUGUUCUACCCCGUCACUCUGGACGUCCUCCAGCAGAUCUUCUCCAAGUUUGGAACGGUCAUGAAGAUCAUCACUUUCACCAAGAACAACCAGUUCCAGGCCCUGCUCCAGUUCAGCGAACCAGUCAACGCCCAGCAAGCCAGACUGGUGAGCCGACAGACAAACCAGUAGUGUAUUAUACAUGUGGUCCUCUGUAGUUCAGUUGGUAGAGCAAAGCUCUUGCACCGCCAGGAUAGUGGGUUCGAUUCCCAUGCGGCCACCUAUACAUAAAAAAAAUUAUGCACGCAUGACUGUAAGUCGCUUUGGAUAAAAGUGUCUGUUUAAUAGCAUAUUAGUAUAUUCAGUUUCUCAGUUCUGUCAAUUUAAGGUUGAUAACAAAUGUGUUUCUCUUUCCAGAUUAUGACAAUUAUUCAAACAAAAAUAAAUAUAACAAAAAGCUUAGUAAUAGUUCUAUUUCUCUCAUCACUUUGUCCAGUCCCUGGAUGGCCAGAACAUCUACAACUCGUGCUGCACGCUGCGGAUCGACUUCUCUAAGCUGGUCAACCUGAAUGUCAAGUACAACAACGACAAGAGCCGGGACUAUACCCGGCCCGAGCUCCCCGCCGGCGACGGCCAGCCUGCAGUAGACUCUGCUAUGGCUGCCGCCCUCAACAAGGACUCCUCCCUGCUCGGUAAGAACUCUCUCCAUCCAUCCUCCAUCUCUCUUUUUCCAGGCCUGUCCAGUCAGCUCUCUCUCCUUUGUAUAGAAGUCAAUACCACUAAGUGUUCUCUCUCAAUGGGAGGCUGGGUAUGGACUUAUCUAAUGCUUUGUAAAGAUAGGAGGAGGACAACAGAAAUCCCUACCAGUCCAGUAACACACCAUUAAGUGUAGAACAAAAAGAAGGAACUAGAAGAGAAUGGAAAAUGUCAAUUUGAUAAAGCUUUUUUGAAUUAUUCUACAUUUUAACUACUCCCACCUGCCCUGCCCCCCCUUGUAUAUUUAAGCUUUUCCCUGUACUCCCUCUCCGUAGGUACCCCCUCUGGAAUGGGAGCGCCCUACUCUAAUGGUGGAGGGUUUCAGUCUUCUCUCUCCCUCUCGCAGGGCGGAGGUACCUAUCCUUUCCAUUAUAUUUUCUUUAUCUCUGUCUUACAUGCUGUGUGUCCAUGUCGUCCAGGAGAAAAAGAGGCAGGAAUAGUUGGAGUGGCACAGCAACCACUCCUGUCAGAACAAGGGGGAAAAACCCUUUUAAAAGUGUCUAAUAGCAUGUUUGAAAUAUCAGUUGUUUGAGAAUAACCAAGGGAUGUCAUCAUGAAAGGAGUUAGAACAUGUGAUAGACUGUGACAUUGGAAUCAUGGAAGGUUAGCUUUAGAGUUGACUAACCUUCCCAGUGUCUUGAAUAGCUUUUGACAAUGAGGUCUUGUUCUAUGCAGAAAAAGUACAUGUGCGUCCCUUUGUGUGUGUGUGAAAUAUUAGGACGAGCAAUGUCUGAGUGCACACAUCUGGUGCCUGUGUGGACAUGGCAUGCACACUGUAGUACAUGGCUGUGUGGUGUGCUUUGCCUGUGCUUGCGCUCUGUCUCCCCGUUAACGUGCCUGGCUCUCUGGCUGUUCCUCCAGGAGCCAUGAGUCCAAUGAGUGCUGCGGCUGCAGCGGCAGCGGCUGCAGGGAGGAUGGCGCUCUCCGGACACUCCGGCUGCAGCGGUGUGCUCCUGGUCAGCAACCUGAACGAAGAGGUCAGUAACGCCUCCCCCCCCAGACCACCCCCUUUCUCUCUCACCCCUUCCCUUUCUCUCUCCUCCUGCAGUAUGCAGAUCUCACUCAGAUCUCAUGCCUCUGACGGUGCCUUGUACAUCAUUGUCCUUUGAUUCCGACAUGGACUUUGAGCAGACAUUUCUGAUUCGAGGUAUGACUGGUGUCAUUUCAUGAGUGGAAGGGUUCAGAGAAAAUGCAGAGGAGAAAGCUCUCCAUCUAUACAAUUUGGCUAUUUAGUCCAACCUUGCAUUUUGUUGCACAGAUACUCAAUACCUUUAUGGGUCAAUCUAUUACACCUCAUGAUCAGUACAAAGAAAUCGGAGAUUUCAUUUUGAAAGAUUGCUACAGCAAUAUUCAGUGUUGCUCUGCAUUCUUUGACUGUUCAAAGCUCUGCGGCACACAACCCAUCUAGCUUGGCCUGAUGGUGUUAGUACUAAGACGAGUGGAUUGUGUUUCUCUGUCAGGCGUCAUUCACCACGAGGUCAUCCCAAUGGUUGUACAUCCAGUCAAGAAAUGGAAUGACGAUGCAUUCUCACACCAGUGCUCAUUUUUUAUGUGAAUUUUAUGCUGGCCUCAGUGCUUCCAUAUGUUUUCUCUCGGUCUCCAUAGCCUAAGUCAACUGAACUGCAGUUACUUCCCAGGCUCUGUUAGUGAAUGGAGGGGCUCUCUUUCUCUCUCUGCUAUGCAUUCUGUGCUAAUUUUAACUGCUGUCUCCUAAACUCUCUCACCCUCCCUUUUUCCUCUUUCAUGUCAAGUGAUAGUCCUUCCUAACUCUCGUUCUUCUCUCUCUCGAAGCUCUCCCGUUCACACCUGUCUCUCCCAAUGCCUUUCUCUAAGCUAUGUCAAGUUGGUAUGGACUGUGGGGGCUACACCAACCACCCUCACAUUUUCUCUCACCCACUGUCACCUUCUAUGCUAUAUCUAUCUAUAUCUGUCUAUAAAUUCUCAACAGAAGUAAUAUUCUUAUCAUUUCUCUCCCCAAACACUGGGUUUGUGGACUUGAAAAUGUGUUCUGUUUAUGCCAUAACUCUGUAAGGUGGUUUUCAUGUAUUUACCUGCAUGGCCCAAACACCCCUCCUUUCGAAACUGAUAGUGUAGCCCACCUGCUUUAACCAAUGUGCUUGCAUUUCAUACUCUAGUAAAGCUACUAAACCUUAACUUGUGAUACUCUUCUGCAUGCCCUACCCACGCCCCCUAUCAUUAUUAUUGGCUAUAAACUAGGCUUGGGUGUCAAUGUACUCGGCUCCCUCUUUGGUCUCAGGUGUAGACAUUUGGCACUAUUACCCCCUCCCCUCCACCCACCAGAGCAAAUCAAAUCCAGCCAUUUUCUGACCAAACUCCUGCAUUUUCCAAUGUACUGAUGUUUUUGAUUUACUCCACAUUGCUCCCCCCUCCAACCCCCCUUCCCUUCAUUAAUUCCUGCCCUUCCCUCUUUCCCCCUUGGUGUCCCGUCUGCACCCUGUUACACCCCCCUUUACCCCUCCUCCACACGUUCAUGCUUUGUGCCUGAACAAAAAUGUUCCUCCUUGGACCAACUUGCCCCAAUUAACUGCCUUGAACCCAUGCACCAUGACCACCUCAUCAUUCUACGGGAAACCACCCUCCGUUAUGGAUGAUCUGUCCAUCUCCGCUCUCUACCUCCGACUCUUCUACCUCUCUACCUGUCUUACGCUGCUUGCUCUUCUCUCCUUCUAAAGAUGGUUACGCCCCAAAGUCUGUUUACCCUCUUCGGUAUGUUAUUGUUAGCACUACCUUUUUCAUAUAUAUAUAUAUAUAUUUUUUUUUCUUUACUCCAUCUCCAUGUUUUGAUUUUUUCUCUAGCUCUCAUUUGAUUUCUGAUUAGUGUUUCCAUAGUUGAGUAACUGUUUCAUCACGUUUUUGUUUCACGUUUUGUUUAAUUGUUCAUAUUGAUUUAGUUGAGUACAUAUUAUUUUGGCCAUCAAGGCCUCCAGUCUCUCUUAGUCUCACUAUGAACCAAUUACGUUAAUGCAUGGUUGAUUAUUUGGCAUGUAGGUUUUUCUGUUAAUUUUUUUUUCUCCAUUUCACAAAGCUAGUUUUUUAAAAGGGAUUUUAUCAGCAUAUUCUCUCUUCUGUCUAUCUGUUAUACGUCUCUUGUUCUAAGACUAUGAUUGGUUUAAAUUAUAGGGAUGAUUUCUCCAUCCCUUUUUACAGCUCAUUUUGUAAACUGUCUCUGAACGACUAACAUUGUCCUUCAUGGUUCAAUCCUCUCUCCUUUGCUCUGCCUUUGCUCUCUCCUCUCUCGCUCCCUCCUGCCGUCUGCCUAUCAUUAUAAUUAAGGGGUGUAUGGUGAUGCUCAGCGUGUGAAGAUCCUCUACAAUAAGAAGGACAGUGCUCUUAUCCAGAUGUCGGACGGGAACCAGGCCCAGCUUGGUGAGUGGGUUCAGUCAUGCCCCAUUUCUGUGCCUCUUGUCUUUCUUGGAAUUCUGGAGCAUUCUUUCAACCCCCCCCCUUUAACUAGCACCUGUUUGGUUCUGUUCCGCUCAAUCCCUGCGUUAUCCUGCAAGGCCCCUGGCUGCCCUGCUGUUUGUUUCAACAGAAUAUUUUCUUUUUCUGGCAUAGGAAUAAUAGGAUCAAGUAAAUCUACAGUUCUUGCUGUGUCUUUGAGUCAUGCUAUGGUUCAUGAUUUUCCACAAUCCCAAAGUCAUAGUUGAAACUAAUUUUGAGUCGGAAAUGACUAGGACGAUCCUAAAGGGAGUCUUAACAUUUCUAAUUAAAGGUAGAUGGAAAGGAUAUUUUUGCAUCUGAUCUUCUGUUUUGGAAAUUAGGACUAAAAGAGCAAAUUUCGAAUGAAUGGUAGAGAAACACCUCCACAUUAAACACAUGAGAAACAUGUCACUGUAACCGUGUUUCCUAUGUGCCUGUCCUGUCAGCGAUGAGCCACCUGAAUGGCCAGAAGAUGUACGGGAAGAUCAUCCGUGUGACUCUUUCCAAGCACCAGGCAGUGCAGCUGCCCAGGGAAGGGCUGGAUGACCAGGGCCUAACCAAGGACUUCACCAACUCCCCCCUGCACCGCUUCAAGAAGCCCGGCUCCAAGAACUUUCAGAACAUCUUCCCUCCAUCCGCCACGCUCCACCUCUCCAACGUCCCGUGAGUUUGUCUAGAGUUUGUCUGGAUUCUGGCUGUACCAUUUCAUAAAUAUUUGUUGUGCUUGCCAGGACAAUAGCAGGUUCCUCAGACACAUCCAAUGUACGAUUUGGAGUUCCUCAAGGCUCUGUUCUGUCUAUUUUUGCACUAGACUAUUAUUGAGUAAUUUGCUACUGAAUUUAGGGGGGUGUGUGUAGCACUGGUAAGAUGUUGCAAUACGAGAAGAGUGCAAUUGUAUUGACAUGGCUGAAUGUGCUUGCGCUGUGCUCACGGUCAGUUUCGGACUCGACAGGGAGGAUGUGACGGAGGAGGAUUUGCGACUGCUGUUCUCUAACGCUGGUGGCAUUGUGAAGGCCUUCAAGUUUUUCCAGUAAGACUAUCUUUUACAGCACGUAACUUAUCACAUUUAGUUGCAAGCCUGAGCCUUGGAACACCACAGUUGUAAUGUGCAGCGAUCUUCAUAAAUGUACCACCUGUGUCUGACUAGAUUGUGACUAUCUGAUCACGUGUCCCCCCCCCCCCCCACCCCAUAUAGAGGCCACAAAAUGGCGCUACUCCAGAUGUCCACGGUGGAGGAGGCCAUCCAGGCCUUGAUGGACCUCCACAACUACGACAUGGGCAGCAACCACCACCUGAAGGUCUCCUUCUCCAAGUCCACCAUCUAG